UACAUGUGGGCAGGGAGAGACGGGGGAGAGGAAAUAAUAAUAAUAAUAAUAAUAACACAUACACUAAGCUUUAUUUCGGCUCUGGAUGAGGGGCACGCACGCCGAGGCGGGAUCCGCGGGGGAUGGAUCUAAGGAAUAUUUAACAUCAAACAUGGACACUACAGGCUCCCCCCUGAUGACUGUGCUCUUACCAACGGCGCUUUGAGGAGCCCUGCCUUGUGGACACAAUUUAGGUGCAUUGGCCCUCCUUUGUCCCUUCCUUUCCCAUUACCCCUUCCCUUCUUCACCCUCAGCCAAUCCUACAGCCACCCACAGAACGGCUUUCCUGCAGUCCCUCUUAUAUAACAGGGGAACACAUAAGCCUUCUAAUCAUUUGCCAUGCAGGUUGGGACUGAGUAAUGCAAGUCUAGUGAGCAAAGACAUACAGAAGUAAGUGCAGGAGAAAACAAUUUAAAAAGGCAAUAAACACAGGAAGAUGUAGGAGUAGACAUAAACCAAAAGAAUAAUAUUUUUGGAAAACAAAAAAAAUGUAAAGAUUUAUAUUUUGUACAUCAAACUUUUGGCUGAAGCUUAACAAAACCCAAGGCACGGCAACAGGCAUUUUGCACGUACAAUCCCCCAUUUAGUUCUCUUUUAUUACUUGACACACACGCCACGGUCUCAUGAUGAUGUGCGAGGUGAUGCCCACCAUAUCCGAAGAUGGGCGAAGUGGCACAGGUGGAGGCCCCACCUCACCCGCCAGCGCGGGAAUCGGAGGCCCGGGAGGAGCCAUGGGUGGAGGAGGAUUCAGUGGCAGGGAGCCCAGAGGUGGAGGAGAUGAAGGAGGCAGCACAGGGAACCUGGAGUCUCUAAUGGUCAACAUGCUGACAGAAAGGGAAAGGCUGCUGGAGAACCUGAGGGAGACGCAGGAGAGCCUGGGUACAGCUCAGCUCCGCCUCCGUGAGCUUGGCCAUGAAAAGGAAUCCCUUCAGAGGCAGCUAUCAAUUGCUCUGCCACAGGAGUUUGCUGUGUUGACUAAAGAGCUGAACGUUUGCCGGGAGCAGCUUCUAGAGAGGGAGGAGGAGAUCGCUGAGCUGAAGGCAGAAAGAAACAACACACGUUUGUUGCUGGAACACCUGGAGUGUCUUGUGUCUCGCCAUGAGCGCAGUUUGAGGAUGACGGUGGUGAAGAGACAAGCCCAGUCCCCUGCAGGGGUCUCCAGUGAGGUGGAAGUCCUCAAGGCCCUCAAAUCCCUGUUUGAGCACCACAAGGCCCUGGAUGAAAAGGUUCGAGAAAGGCUCCGUGUGGCCCUUGAGAGGGUGUCCAUGCUAGAAGAUCAACUCGCAGCGUCUUCUCAAGAGGUAAUCUCUUUAAGAGACCAAAUUAAAAGACGUCAGCAAGGGGUGGACGGCGGGAAAGAUCGACUGCCCAAUGGUCCUUCCUCUGGCCUGGAGGAUGGGGAGCUUGACAGACAGAGAGAAGGGGAGAUAGAGCGGCAGAGAGCUGAACUCUCCCAGCUGAGGGAGAGGCUGGCCCUCAUGUGCCGGCAGGUCGGGGAAAUAGAGGAACAGCUUGCCGCCGCCAGGAGGGAGGUGACGAAGUCAGAGGAGGCCAAUCAGAAGCUCCAAAGGGAAGUGAAAGAGGCCCUUUGCCAAAGAGAGGACAUGGAGGAGAGGAUUACAACACUAGAACGAAGGUACCUCAGCGCCCAGAGGGAGGCGACUUCUCUCCAUGAUAUCAAAGACAAGCUGGAAAAUGAGCUGGCGAGCAAGGAGUCCCUGCACAGACAGAGCGAAGAAAAGAACAGACAGCUACAGGAGCGUCUGGAUGAGGCGAAACAGAAGCUCCAGCAGACCCUGCAGAGGGCAGAGACAUUACCUGAGAUCGAGGCCCAGCUUGCACAAAGAGUGGCUGCUCUCAACAAGGCUGAAGAACGUCACGGAAACUUUGAGGAGCGACUACGACAAAUGGAAGCUCAACUUGAGGAGAAGAACCAAGAGCUGCAGAGGGCCAGGCAGAGGGAGAAGAUGAAUGACGAACACAACAAACGCCUCUCAGACACGGUGGACAAGCUUCUGUCAGAGUCCAAUGAGAGACUUCAGCUGCAUCUCAAAGAAAGAAUGGCAGCACUAGAAGAGAAGAAUGCUCUUUCUGAGGAACUGGCCAAUAUGAAGAAAAUCCAAGAUGAUCUUCUUGCUAAUAAGGAGCAGCUGAUUGCUGAGCUGGAGCGAGUCCAACUGGAGCUGGAUCAGCUGAGAGGAAGGCCAGGCUCUUCCUAUUCCAGGGCGGGCAGCGUGAGCUCACUUCCCUCCACCCUUUUUCGAAGAUCUCUUCCAGGGAGUGCCUCGGAGCUGCGGUACCCUCAGGGUGGAGGCUCACUCCCAGCCGGCUAUGGCAGCUCCUCUAGUGGGGUCGUGGUCAGGCGUCACCGUGGCCGUUGGGGUCCUCCUAGAGAUGAUAGUAACAAGUAUGGAGAGUGGGACAGCAGCACUAUGCUGGGUCCUGGGUUUGAGGGCGGCGUGGAGGGAGGCUGCUCUGAUGAUGAAGACGAUCGGGAGACUAUGUUCGGGUCAGAGCUGCUCUCUCCCAGCGGGCAGACAGAUGUACAGACUUUGGCCAUCAUGCUACAGGAGCAACUGGAGGCCAUUAAUAAAGAGAUUAAGCUGAUUCAGGAAGAAAAAGAGAGCACAGAGCUGAGGGCAGAAGAGAUUGAGAGUCGGGUCAGCAGCGUAGCCCUCGAUGCCUCACCUCUUCCACCCUCUUCACUGGGUGGACGUGACAGUGUCGGGAGGGGCUACAUGACUCCCUCCAUCACCUCUUCCACGUUGGCGUCACCCUCGCCACCCAGUUCUGGACAUUCCACCCCCCGCCUGCCCCAUUCACCUGCUAGGGAGAGCGAUAAGCAGAACAACAAAGACGGUGAAGAAUGCAGAGCACUCGCCCUGAUUGACUCCACCCCUCCGCCUGUUCCUCGAGCCCUACGGUUGGACCGAAUGACACACACUCACCCGGGGGCAGGCCUUGAUGAUCACCGAGAAUUUCGCAGUCUCUCUGCUGACGGUGCCACCACAGCUAGCCAGGAUUCCCUUCACAAAGCCAGCAAAAAGAAAAGCAUCAAAUCCUCUAUUGGUCGUCUCUUUGGCAAAAAGGAAAAAGGACGGAUUGGUGCACCUGGACGUGAAUCUGCCUCACUGGCCUCCACACCCUCUGAUGACCUGGGUUCAGCUGAUCCAUUAGGUCUGGCUAAACUUGGAACUGGAACAGUGGAAAAAGAUCGCCGCAGCAAAAAGAAGCAUGACUUAUUAGAGGAGGCAUGUCGUCAGGGUCUGCCUUUCGCCUCAUGGGAUGGCCCGACUGUUGUUACGUGGCUUGAGCUGUGGGUCGGGAUGCCAGCAUGGUAUGUGGCAGCAUGUCGCGCCAACGUGAAGAGCGGCGCCAUCAUGGCCAACCUGUCGGACACAGAGAUCCAGAGGGAGAUCGGCAUCAGCAACCCUCUACACAGACUCAAACUUCGCCUGGCCAUUCAGGAAAUGGUCUCCCUCACCAGUCCGUCUGCACCCGCAAGCACUCGCUCUUCAACAAGUAACAUUUGGAUGACGCACGCUGAGAUGGAGUCUCUCACUGCUGCCACCAAACCAGAGCAGAAGGAGUUCAGCUGGGAUCAGAUCCUGGCCUAUGGAGACAUGAACCAUGAGUGGGUGGGAAAUGAAUGGCUGCCCAGCCUGGGUCUACCCCAGUACCGCUCUUACUUCAUGGAAUCGCUGGUUGAUGCUCGCAUGCUCGAUCACCUCACCAAGAAAGAAUUGAGGGGCCAGCUGAAGAUGGUGGACAGUUUCCACAGGGUGAGCCUUCACUAUGGCAUCAUGUGCUUGAAGCGCUUGAACUAUGAUAGAAAGGAGCUGGAGAGGAGGAGGGAUGAGAGCCAACAUCAGAACCAAGAUGUGAUGGUGUGGUCCAAUGAGCGAGUGAUGUGCUGGGUGCAGUCUAUCGGUCUAAAAGAAUUUGCUGACAACCUGUUAGAAAGUGGGGUCCAUGGGGCUCUGCUGGCACUGGAUGACACCUUUGACUACACUGACCUGGCCCUCCUUCUUCAGAUACCAAAUCAGAACACACAGGCAAGGCAGCUCCUAGAGAAAGAGUACAAUAAUCUCAUCUCCAUGGGAACAGAGAGGAGGCCCGAUGAGGACGGCACAAAAACAUUCACACGGUCACCGUCAUGGAGGAAGAUGUUUAGGGAGAAAGACCUCCGUGGCGUGACCUCCGAUUCCUCAGAAACAUUACCUGCCAACUUCCGUGCCUCUGCCAUCUCGACCCCGUCUGUCACCCUGAGAAAAGUCCAGAGUGAAGCAAACUCUGGUCCAAGAGCAGAGUCGGGGUCUGUGAGAACAUAUUCCUGCUAAAAAAACAAAAAA